AUGUCCGCAUCUCUCCUCUCGAGGGCAGACGGCCCCAGCAGCGCCGUCGAGCCGCCGCUGCCCCAGGUCGCCGGGUACGUCGUCAUCAUCGUCAUGGGGUUCCUCAUUGCGCUCGUCAUGAUCUUCCUGACGCGGGUGCUGAAGCGCACCGCGGGCGAGGACAACGAGACGACCGAGAUGUUCAUGACGGCGAACCGCUCCGUCGGCACCGGCCUGACGGCGUCGGCCGUCAUCUCCUCGUGGCUCUGGAGCACCGCGAUCCUCGCCAGCAGCCUGGUGGGCUACAACUUCGGCGUCGCCGGUCCGUUCUGGUUCGCUGCCGGCUGCUCCCCGAUGAUUGUCUUCUUCGCCGUGCUCGGCAUCGCGUGCAAGCUGCGCGUGCCCGAGGCGCACACGCUGCUGGAGAUUGUGCGUAUCCGGUACGGCAAGGUCGGCCACAUUGUGUGGAUCGUGCUGUGUCUGAUCAACAACAUCAUUGCCAUUGCCAACAUGCUUCUCGGCGCCAGUGCCGCCAUCUCGGCGCUCACUGGUAUGCACAUCAUCGCCGCCACCUUUCUCUUGCCAGUCGGCGUCAUCAUGUACACGUUUGUCGGCGGCAUCAAGGCCACCUUCUUGACCGACUACUUCCACACCUUUGUCAUUACUCUCAUCGUCUGCUUCUUCACCAUCAAAGUCUGGCUCACGCCCGAAAUCAGCUCCCCCGGCGCGCUGUUCGACAUCAUCACCCAGCUGGCCGUUGAUCGGCCCGUAGCAGGGAACCACGGCGGCUCCUACCUGACCAUGACCAGCCGCGAUGCCAUCUUCUUCGGCAUCAUCCAUACGCUGGCCAACUUUGGCCUCGUCAUCAUGGACACUGGCUUCUUCGCCAAAGCGUUCAGCGCCGCGCCGCACGCCGUGGUGCCGGGGUACAUCAUCGGCGGCAUCGCAUACUUUGCCAUUCCGUGGUGUCUGGGCACCAUCAUGAGCUUCUGCGCGCUCGCGCUCGAGACGCAGCCCUUCUUCCCGACGUACCCGCGGCUGAUGAACGCGGCCGAGGUAUCGAGCGGGCUCGUGCUGCCGUACGCGGCCGUGGCCGUGGCCGGCAAGGGCGGCGCCGUGGCCGUGCUGCUCGUCGUCUUCAUGGCCGUGACGUCGACCAUCAGCGCGCAGGUCAUCUCCGUCUCGUCCAUUAUCAGCUUCGACAUUUACCGCCAGUACGUCAACCGCGCCGCCAAGGACAGCGACGCCAUCCGCUGGAGCCACAUUGGCGUCGUCGGUUUCGGGCUCUUUGCCGCCGCCUUUUCCACCGCGCUGCACUACGGCAAGGUCGACCUCGGCUGGACCCUGUACAUGCUCGGCGUUCUGACGUGUCCGGGCAUCUUCCCGACCAUCUUUACCAUCCUGUGGAAGCGGCAGUCGCAGGCCGCGGCGGUUCUGUCGCCGCUCCUGGGUCUGGCGACGGGGAUUGGCGUCUGGCUCGGAAGCGCCUCGGCGCUGUACGGUGAGGUCACGGUCGCGUCGACCGGUCAGACGCUUCCAUGCGUGUACGGCACUGUUGCCUCGGCGUUUAGUCCGUGCGUGUUUUCCGUCCUGAUCACGCUGGUCAGGCCGGCGAAUUUCAAAUGGGCCGACUUUCGCAAGGAGCGUCUCGCCUUUACAAAGUCGGCCUCGGGCGACUCGGAUGAAGAGCUCAAGUCGCACGAGGCGCUCAUCUCGCAGUAUGCGGCUGACAAGCUCCGUCUCAAGCGCUGGCUGCGCAUCUCCUCGCUCUGGGCUUUGGCAACCUUUCUGGGACACUGGGUUUUAUGGCCACUUCCCAUGUAUGCGUCGCAUUACAUUUUUGGAAAGUCAUUUUUCGAGGCCUGGGUUAUUGUGUCCAUUAUUUGGGUCUGGGGUACCAUGCUGAUUGCUGGUUUUUAUCCCCUGAUAGAUGGGUGGCGAGCAAUUCGGAACGUUUUUGUAGUUAAUAAAUCUGUACUGGACAGUGAGAUGAAUCUUGAAGCAAGUCGCACUGAUAGAUACCAGCUCUGCACAAUGUGGGCAACCCAACAGCGCCAGCACCUGGCUUUACUCGCCCAGAGCUACAAGUGGCUCAAAGCGCCGUACAUCAUCGGCGCACCCAUGCGCGUCCUCGCCGGCCCCGAGCUCGCCGUCGAGAUAUCCGCCUCAGGCGGUCUCGGCUUCCUCGGCCCGCCCCUCAAAACCGCCGACGCCGCCAUCGACCUCGCCCGCGCCUCACAGCUCGCCCGCGCCUCGCCGCGCCUGCAAAACCACCUCGCAACCGUGCCCGUCGGCAUCGGCUUCCAGACGUGGACGACGGCGCUGCCCGCGGCCCUCGACGCGCUGCGGCAGCACCCCCCGUGCGCCGUGUGGCUAUUCGCGCCGCGCCGCGGCCAGCCCGAGCUCGACGAGUGGACCGUCGCGCUGCGCCAGCUCGCGCCCGCCAUGCAGAUCUGGAUCCAGGUCGGCACGCUGCGCGAGGCCGUCGCCGCGGCCGCGAGCGCGUCCCCGCCCGACGUGCUCGUCAUCCAGGGCGCCGAAGCGGGCGGCCACGGCCGCGCCCACGACGGGCUCGGCCUGCAGGCGCUGCUGCCCGAAGUCGCCGACGCCACGCGCGGGAGCGGCAUCCCGCUCGUCGCCGCGGGCGGCAUCGCGGACGGCCGGGGCCUUGCGGCCGCGCUGAGCCUCGGGGCCGCGGCGGGCGCCAUGGGCACGCGGAUGCUCGCGGCGGCUGAGACGCGCAUCAGCCGCGGGUACCGGGAUGAGGUGCUGCGGGUGUGCGAUAGCGCGACGUCGACGGUGCGCACGCAGCUGUAUAACCACUUGCGCGGGACGUAUGGCUGGCCGGACGAAUUUGCGCCGCGCACGGUGGUGAAUAGGAGCUGGACGGAGCACUGCGAGGGCGUGCCGUUUGAGAGGCUCAAGGCGCUGCAUGACGAGGCGGCCGAGGCGGGGGAUGCUGGCUGGGGCCCGGAGGGUAGGCUGGCGACGUAUGUCGGGGCGGCGGUCGGGCUGGUGAGGGAUGUGAAGCCGGCGGCGGCGAUUGUUGCUGAGACGAGGCGGGAGGCCAAGGCUAUUUUUACGGCGCUGGCAGUGCUGUAG